CCCCCGUCCCUGUCAGGCGCUGAGGGCCGAGGAAGAGGACCGUCAUGGAGACCCUCGGAGGCGGAGCGCGCUGAGGCCUGGGAGCCCCCCGGGGGCGCUACGUCCAGUCCGCUCCAGGUGAAAAGCCCAUUUCUGGUGCCUUGAAGACAGAAUUCAGGGGCUCGCACCCAGGCCCGCGAUCAGUCGGCUGGGAGACAUGGCUCACCUGAGGGAGUUUGCUAACCAGCACUCGCGUGUGGACCCCGAGGAACUCUUCACCAAGCUCGAGAGGAUCGGGAAGGGCUCCUUUGGGGAGGUGUACAAGGGCAUCGACAACCGCACCAAAGAGGUGGUGGCCAUCAAGAUCAUCGACCUGGAGGAGGCUGAGGACGAGAUCGAGGACAUCCAGCAGGAGAUCACCGUCCUGAGCCAGUGCGACAGCCCUUACAUCACACGCUACUACGGCUCCUACCUGAAGAGCACCAAGCUAUGGAUUAUUAUGGAAUACUUGGGUGGUGGAUCGGCCUUGGAUCUGCUAAAGCCUGGGCCUUUGGAGGAGACCUACAUCGCCACGAUCCUGCGGGAGAUCCUCAAGGGUUUGGAUUACCUCCAUUCUGAAAGGAAGAUCCACCGGGACAUCAAAGCUGCCAACGUGCUUCUCUCUGAGCAAGGCGACGUGAAGCUGGCCGAUUUUGGUGUGGCCGGACAGCUCACAGACACCCAGAUCAAGAGGAACACCUUUGUGGGGACCCCUUUCUGGAUGGCGCCGGAAGUGAUCAAGCAGUCUGCAUAUGACUUUAAAGCAGAUAUUUGGUCCCUGGGAAUUACGGCCAUCGAGCUGGCCAAAGGAGAGCCUCCCAACUCCGACCUUCAUCCCAUGAGAGUUCUGUUCCUGAUCCCCAAAAACAGCCCCCCCACCCUGGAGGGGCACCACAGCAAGCCCUUCAAAGAGUUUGUGGAAGCUUGCCUCAACAAGGACCCUCGCUUCAGGCCCGCGGCCCGGGAGCUUCUGAAGCACAAGUUCAUCACGCGCUACACCAAGAAGACGUCCUUCCUCACGGAGCUGAUUGACCGAUACAAGCGCUGGAAGUCGGAGGGCCGGGGGGAGGAUUCCAGCUCCGAGGAUUCAGACAUUGACGGAGAUGCGGAGGAUGGUGACCAAGGCCCCAUCUGGACUUUCCCCCCAACCAUUCGCCCAAGCCCGCACAGCAAACUGCACAAAGGCAUGGCCCUGCAGGCCUCACAGAAGUCUGCAGAACCCAUCAAACGUCAGCCACGGUCCCAGUGCCUUGCCACCCUCGUCCGGCCCGUCUUCGGAGAGCUCAAAGAGAAGCACAAGCAGACCGGAGGCAACGUGGGGGCCAUGGAGGAGCUGGAGAAUGCCUUCAGCCUUGCUGAGGAGUCUUGCCCUGGCAUUUCCGACAGACUGAUAGCACAUCUGGUGGAACGGGUCCAGAGGUUCUCCCACAGCAGGAACCACCUGACGUCAGCUCGCUGACAGGCGCCGGGAGGGAGGCCAGCGAUGGGCCUUUCCCCGUCUUUCUAAGAACUGACCUCAGACCCCUCGGGUUCUGCAUCCGGGGCCCCCGUUGCAGGCGCUGCCAGGCCGGGCUCCACAGCUGCCUCUGGACGUGUCACUUGGUGGAGAGCUGUUGUCGUUUUUGUCAUUGUCGUUAUUAUUCCCGUUCUAAGCAAAGCUCGUGAAAGGCUGGGACGGUGCCUGCCCGUGGGGGGAGGGGCUGGGCACCUACAGGGUAGUGGGGGGGCGGUCAGGGCUGGCUGACUAGGUGCUGUCUGCCCGGCUCGCCAGGUACAAGCUGAAUUAAGCGACUGGUCUCUGCUCAGUGAUGUUCUGGGAAGAGCUGGAACCUUUGUCCGGAGCCUGGCACUGCCCUGUGCCCUCCCUCUGCCAGGAUGCCAGAUACACGGUUCCUGGUAAGAGGGGCAGGAACCCCGUGUGCCCCCCACCCCUGCCCAGCCCAGCCCUCAGACUUUGUCUUGUUUGUGAUGGUAGUUGACACCUUUGUGGUAUUUAAUCAGGCCCCUCGUGUUCCUCCCAUGCACGCCAGAAUCACUCCAAACGUGGGGGUUUUGGUGGUGGUGGUUUGCUUUUUUAAAGAAUAAGAACCCUCACUUGUUUCCUUCAGUAUUCAAAGAUGUUGGUUUUCAAAGAGCAUUGAAAGGGACCGGCCACUUUCAAUAAAGAUGACCUGAGACCAUG